AUGAUUACGUGUACAUUUUCAGAACAUUUAGAAAACUCGUGCCAGUGAAUUGGUAAACAUUACGAAAGAUAGAUAGUAGAAAUAUCUCAUCGAACGCGAUCAAACUGUAUCAUCAAUUAUAUCAGUGUAGAUAGUCAAUAAUUCUUGUACCUCGGAUCGUUGAAAAUAUCAAUUUUUAAAAUUAUUUUCUACCAGGAGAUACCGCAAUCUCAAGAUACAAAUAAUACAUUUUUAUCACCAGCAAGUAUAUCUAGAGUACCUGUGUGAAGAAACUAUUAAUUGUGCUCGGUAUGUCAAGUGGGACUUGAAAUAAUAGAUUUUCAAGUAAAAUGCAUCGAAUUGAAAUAAUUGUUUUUCUUCUAUCACUAUCAUUCGGAUCAAUAGUUGCUAACAAUUUUCCGCAAUAUCAAGAUCCAGAAAUCGUAAAAGAACUUCAAGAUAGACUAGAAAGCUCAUUGACCCAUAGACUUCCCAGCAACGUCGUACCUGAUGCUUACGAUCUCAAAAUAUAUACACAAAUUGCAAUAGGCAACUUUACUUAUCAGGGAGAAGUAAAAAUUCAGCUGAAAGUGCUCUCAAGUACAAAUAUCAUCACGAUUCAUAAAGAUAACUUGACGAUCCUCGAAAAACAGACAACUGUUUAUUCCACUGUGAAUCAGUCAAAUAACUUUUAUACGAUAUUAGCCCAAGAUUACAAUGAGAAGACACAAUUCUACUCAGUCAGACUCAUGGAAUUUUUGAAACCAGGCAAUUAUGUCCUGGCACUUUCCUUCGUCGGGGAAGUUAAUGAUGGCUUGUUUGGAUUCUACAGAAGUUCUUAUACCGUUAACGGAGUUAAAAGAUGGAUUGGACUGACACAAUUUUCACCGACAUACGCACGUCGUGCUUUUCCAUGCAUGGACGAGCCACAUCUUAAGGCAAUUUUCACUAUUCAUAUUGGUUAUUAUGAUAAUCAAACAGUAACUAGUAACACGCCAUCAUUAAGAACUACUAUAAAAUCCAAUUACUACUUGACUACUAUGAAGGAUACACCUGUCAUGUCAACUUAUUUAGUCGGAUGGAUAGUGCACGAUUUUACAAAUACAGAAUCUCUCGAUUCAAAUGUCAGAAUGUGGUCACGCGAUGAUACCAGUGCAUACAGAGAUUAUGCAUUGAAUGAAGGUCACUUGAUUUAUACCGCACUUGAAGAGUGGAUGAACUUUACGAACCCAAUUACCAAAGUGGAUCAAUUUGCAAUACCGGAUUUUAAUUUUAACGCCAUGGAAAAUUGGGGAUUGAUAACUUAUAGGGAAUCGGUUGUAUUGUUUUCCGAUGAAUCGACACCAACAAGACAUAUCCAUACUGGCCUCACAGUGAUGGCGCACGAAUAUGCUCACAAGUGGUUUGGAAAUUUGGUAACGCAUCAUUUUUGGGACGUUGUUUGGCUCAAGGAAGGAUUCGCUUCAUAUUUUCAAUAUUUCGGAGGAUCAUUGGUACAUCCUGAUUGGCGAAUGAUGGAAUUGUUUGUCGUUGAUAUUCUUCAACCGGUUUUACUUCAAGAUUCUGAUUCACACACAAGAACAAUGAAUGGACAAGGUGUUGGAGAUGUUCAAUCGAUUAUGGGUACCCUUGAUUUUGUAUCUUACAGAAAAGCUGCAUCUGUAAUACGUAUGCUUUCGCACAGUAUAGGAGAAGACGCUUUCCAAGCAGGAUUACAAAGUUACCUCAAGGAUUUAGCUUUCUCAGCGGCUACUCCGUCAGACGUUUACUCGCAUUUACAAAACUCCUCGGAUUACUAUGGAAUUUUGCAGAGACAUAUCGAGGUUGAGAGAGUUAUGGAUACUUGGGCGAAUCAACCGGGUUUCCCAUUGAUUACAGUUCGCAGAAAUUAUACGACCGAGACACUGGUGGUUUAUCAAGAAAGAUUUUAUAAAAAUCGUUCCACUUCCACUGCUGAUCCUCAUGCUUACAGAUGGUGGAUACCAGUUAAUUUCGCGAUGGAGUCAUCGACUGAAAAGUUUUCUCAAACUAAUUUCACUGAUUGGCUAAGAGAGGAAGACGAUAGUAUUAUAUUUAACUAUAUCACAUCCAACGAGUGGAUAAUUUUUAACUUACAACAAAUCGGAUAUUAUCGUGUUAAUUAUGACGAAACUAAUUGGUGCAUGUUGAUCGAAUAUUUGAAGUCAGUCAAUUUUGAAAAAAUACCAGCAAUCAACAGGGCUGGUUUACUGGACGAUGCUUUCAACUUAGCCAGAGCUGGAUAUAUUGGCUAUGCGAUUCCUUUGAAUUUGUCAAAAUAUCUUAUACAGGAAACUGAUCAUGUUCCCUGGGUUGCUGCUGGAAAUUCUUUUAAUUUUUUAAAUUCGAUUCUUUCUGCAAAACCGGCGAUUCAUGCUGCGUUUCAGGGUUAUGUUAAUAGUUUACUUGUCCAUGAGUAUCAUACUCUGAGUUUUCAAGAAAAAUUUUCUGAUGAGCACCUGACGAAAUUGCAUCGAAAUCUGAUAUUGUCGAUGGCUUGCUCUAUGAAUAACGAACAUUGCGUGAGAAAUGCUAUUUCAUUGUUUCAAACGUGGAUUUCGAAUCCGGCAGUAACAAUAACACCAGACUUGAAAAGUUUCGUCUACUGCACUGGAAUUCGCGCUGGAAGCGAAGAUGAUUGGAAUAAAAUGUGGACACGGUUUUUGGAAACUAAUUUAUUUACGGAAUACGAAUUAAUAUUGGCUGCACUUGGAUGUACAGAAGAUUCUGUACUGAUAAAACGCUAUUUGAAUUUCACGAUUAGUCCGGAAUCCAAAAUUCGAAGACAGUACAGAUUUUCAGCAGUGAAUGCCGUUGUAAACGGUAAUCCAAAAAAUCAUGAGACUAUCUUAGAUUUUAUUGACGUUAACAUACACAGCAUUGUGGAGUCACGAGGUUACAGUUUUCUUAGUAACAUGCUCAAUGCUAUUGGACAAAAAAUAUACACCGUGGAACAACUUGCAAAGUUUCGAGAUUUCAUAGAACGUCAUAGUGAUCAUCUAGGGGAUGCAGUGGAGGCUGGACAGGAUUCUAUAAGUGUUGCUGAAAAUAAUAUAGCCUGGAUUGAACAUUACGCACCCAGUAUUGCCGAAUGGUUGUCAGUGACUGAAUCAUCAGGAUCAUCAACUCUGAUGAAAAAUAAUGCUAUAACAAUGAUAUUUAUAAUGAUUAUAAUUAUGUCGUAUAGUCUCUAAGCAGUGAAAUUAUAAUAUUACAAUAUUUUUGAAAAUCCAAUUAUAAGCGA